AUGCUCUGGACCCGCGACGAGGGCCGCUGCCCUUCGCCGCCGCCAAAGACCAACGGCCUCGCCCCGAAGCUGAAGAUGCUGCGCGCCGAGACGGUCAAGCUUCUGCCAUCGCAAAUCGGCAGCCCUCACGGCUCAGGCCCUGGCCCCCUGCCCUACACCUCAAACCCAACCGAGCUCAUCUGGAGCGACCUCAAGCUGUUCUUCCGCGUCUCCUACCUGCUGCCCGCCAUCUUCUUCCCCUGGGGCAAGCGCCCCGGCGACGAGAUCUACCCGGACCUGGGCAACGGCAUCCAGCUCAGCUGGCAAAUCACCCUCAUCGUCUACCAAGUUCUAUUCAUCCUCUCCCUGCCCUUCUGCCUCGUCCUGCCGCUGGCCUGGUUCCUCGUCUACGCCGCCGCCGCCAUCGCCCUCUGCGUGCCCAUAUGGAUGCUCGUCAACGGCAACAAGCACGAGGUCCACUCGCGCCGCGACAUCGUCCCCGAGCACGAGCACCCAGACGAGUGCUGGAUCUUCAUCAACGGAGUCGCAGUCGGGAAGUACUGGCUGCAAGCGAACCUGGACAGGCUGGCCAGGAUAUUCGGGCGCCCCAUGACAGGCAUACACAACAAGACCAACGGCCUGAUCUUCGACCUGGUGCAGUGCAUGAUCGAGCGCAACCUCAACUACUCGACCCAGGACAUCCGCGACGCCUACCGGCUCGUCAAGGACGCCCUCAUGGACCGCAACCGCAAGAAGGUCGUGCUCCUCCUGCACAGCCAGGGCGCCAUCCAGGGCAGCCUGAUGAUCGACUGGCUGCUCGCCGAGCUGCCAGAGGACAUCUUGCAGAAGCUCGAGGUCUACACCUUUGGCAACGCCGCCAAUCACUUCAACAACCCUGCCAAGUCUUCGUCCCGCCACCGCCCCGACGGGGACGGCGAGGGCCGCAGGCGGAAGAAGGCCAUCCGCUACAUCGAGCACUAUGUCAACGACGAGGACAUGGUGGCCAGAUGGGGCGUCCUGCAUUUCAUUCAUGAACCCAACCGCUUCAUGGGCCGUCUGUUCCAGCGCAAGGGCACAGGCCACCUGCUCAACCAGCACUACUUGAACUACAUGUUCCCGCUGGGUUCGGAUAACCGAGUGCUCGACAAGAACGACUUCAUGGACAGCGAGGUUGAUCUUGACCAUGACGAUUACGACGUUGACAGGGAGGGGCUGGAGGAUAGCUUGUGCGAUCUCCUGAGUGGCUCCGACUCAGACUCCGAUUCAGGCGGUUCGGACAAAGCCUUUGUUAACGAUUUCAAUAGUCCCGUUCUUCCUGUCGUUUCGACCCAUUCGUUGGCAAGUAGUUCGCGGCAUAUGCCAAAGCACCCGAAGGUCAAGGACUUCAGUCGUCUCUGGCAGUAUCGGAAUGGGCAAUGCCCAAGAGAGUAG